GAGGAAUCGAAAAAAUAUGCAAAGCUAAACCGAUAAAGCUCCUCCUCCUUCCGCCAUAGCCCCUCUCUCCUCUGUACUUCUUCACACAGAGGUCGAGCCAGUCACUCGAGUUAAAACGAAAUUCGAGAUUUUGAUCGAACCCAUGAUUCUAGCUCGGAGAAAUUAGAAUCAUAUCUGGGCAUAAUCGGAAAAUGGACGUCCUCGCCUUCUCCUCAGCCGCCGUCUCUAUCGCCGGAAGCUUCCCGUUGUUUCCUUCUAGUGUUGGACUGAGAAGAAACGUACAAGCUAAGCACAAGAGGUUUGUAGUCUCUGCUUCGAAAAGGGAAGAGCCGAAGCUGAGCGAAUGGGAUCAAAUGGAGCUCAAGUUCGGGCGCUUACUCGGUGAAGACCCCAAGCUGACUUUAGCCAAGAUAGUGGCUAGGAAAGUGAAUCCAGAAGCUUCGUUUGUUGAAGUUGAGAAGUCUUUUUACAAGAACAAGGGUAAGCUUCCCGACAUUGAAUCGAUUCCUUUGGAUUGGUCAAAGGAAGAUACGAAGACGAAGAAGAAACCCACUUCACCUUCACUGGAUGGGUUGAACUUGGUGAAGCCAGUUCCUAGAGACGGAGUCAAGUUCGAAGCUUCGGAUAAGCCAGUGGUGAAAAAGCCAAACUUUUCUCUGAAGAAGCCAUUGGAUGCCGAUGCCGCUGCUGCAGUUUCUCCUCCCAAAAGGACUUUGCCUAAUGUUAUACUGAGAAAGCCGAGUUCGUAUUAUGUGAAUAAUGAAGAGGAGGAUGAGUCUAAGCUGCGGUUGAAACGCAACCUGACAUUGAAAAUGAGGAAUGAUAGGGAGAAUGGGAGGUUUAGUGACAUGACGCUGUUGAGAAAACCUGAACCAGUGAGUGUGAAUGCGGAGGAAGAAAGUCCUGAAGAUAAGGUUCUCAGUGAUGGAUUAACUGUGGAGGAAGAUGUAGUGUACUCAGAGUAUACUCUUCUGGAGAAGCCAGAAGCGAGGCCUGAGCCUGAGAACGUAGACGAGGAAGCUGUGGAGUUGCCUGAGAUUGAAGAUACAUCUGCUCCAACUGAAAUGCAGCUUGAGAGCGAUACAUCAUCAGAUUCCUCUGAGGAGGAAACCAUUAACAGUGAUCCAGUCGAGAGAACUCCUUCGAAUCCGGUUUCUCAGACCACCGUGGAAGCAUCUUUACAAGGGAAACCACAAAGAUUAGACCCGCCUUCCGCAGAGCCAUCAGUUUCAAACAGAGGACAACCAGUAACCUUGAACCAAGAAGGCAGUCAGGUCUCUAUUGAGCUCAAGGGACCUCCUACGAGAUCUUCCUUGGAGGAAAGUGACUGGAUUAAGGCAGAGUCUCUAGUUAAGACAGAGCUACGAGCGGAUGUUGAGCUAAUAAGCUCCAGCACUCGAGGAUUUGCUGUUUCCUAUGGAUCUUUGAUCGGAUUCUUGCCCUACCGGAACCUGGCAGCAAAAUGGAAAUUUCUCGCGUUUGAAUCAUGGUUGAGAAGAAAAGGUGUAGAUCCAUCAUUGUACCGACAAAACCUUGGAGUAAUUGGAGGUCAAGAUGUUAAAGCUCCAUCUCCAGAUUCAAGCUUAGCGGGUUCUGAAGUUAGUAACGCAGUCAAUGGAGAAGUUUCUUCUGAUAUGAAGCUGGAAGAUCUUCUUAUGGUAUAUGACAGAGAGAAGCAGAAGUUCCUAUCUUCUUUUGUUGGCCAGAAAAUCAAAGUGAAUGUGGUUAUGGCUAAUAGAAGCUCAAGGAAGCUUAUAUUCUCGAUGAGGCCAAGGGAAAAUGAAGAGGAGGUUGAGAAGAAACGAAACCUGAUGGCUAAGCUUCGUGUUGGGGAUGUUGUGAAAUGCUGCAUCAAGAAAAUUACCUAUUUUGGUAUUUUCUGCGAGCUAGAAGGUGUCCCUGCAUUGAUUCACCAAUCAGAAGUUUCGUGGGAUGCUACUUUGGACCCUGCUUCAUAUUUCAAAAUCGGCCAGAUUGUGGAGGCGAAAGUGCACCAGCUAGAUUUUGCUCUUGAACGUAUCUUCUUGUCACUAAAAGAAAUAACGCCUGAUCCUCUAACAGAAGCCUUAGAGUCUGUAGUUGGUGAUAAUGAUCAGUUGGGAAAGUUACAAGCUGCAGAGCUUGACGCUGAGUGGCCUGAUGUGGAGUCUCUAAUCAAAGAGAUGGAAAUGGUUGAAGGAAUCCAAUCUGUUUCAAAAGGUCGUUUCUUCUUGAGCCCAGGUCUUGCUCCAACGUUUCAGGUUUACAUGGCGCCAAUGUUUGAGAACCAAUACAAACUGCUUGCUCGAGCUGGUAACAGAGUGCAAGAGCUAAUUGUGGAAGCAUCGUUGAGCAAAGAAGAGAUGAAAACUACAAUCAUGUCUUGCACCAACAGAGUAGAAUGAGAGAAUGUAGAUGAAUGAAUGAUUCUGCUGUUUUGUUUCAUUCUUCAAAGUGGGUAUCACCCAAAGACUUGUGUAGUAAUAUGUACAAGAACAAUAUAUGAUUUCUAGUGUACAAUUUUCUGAGUAUUUGUGAUGUGAAAAGGUAAAACCUGAGAAAAA